CUUUAACAUGUAUUUCACGUACAGAUCAGUAUCGGGACGAAUAGUAGGCUCUGUUUGGUGGUUCUUCACACUAAUCAUAAUAUCUUCAUAUACGGCUAAUUUGGCCGCUUUUCUCACUGUCGAGCGUAUGGUUACGCCAAUCAAUUCAGCCGAUGAUCUCUCUAAACAAACCGAAGUGGAGUACGGUGUUUUGCGAUAUUCAUCUACAAUGGAGUUCUUUAGAAAAUCCAAAAUAACUGUUUACUCACGAAUGUGGGAAUUCAUGAGCGCUAAGCCUAACGUCUUCGUAGACUCUUAUAAGGAGGGCAUCAGAAGAGUGAGGGAAUCAAAGGGCAAAUAUGCCUUUCUUAUAGAAUCGACACAAAAUGAUUAUAUUAAUGAACGCCAACCGUGCGAUACCAUGAAAGUAGGCCGUAAUUUAGAGUGUUCGCACCCGUACUCCACUUCGGUUUGUUUAGAGAGAUCAUCGGCUGAAUUGAUUGGCGUAACCAUACGCUCAACAGUGAGAAAAGCGGCCAAAUUAGCCUAUUUGAGACUACUUUUGAAUUUUCUCCAGAAAUCGAUUCGUAGCGAAGACAGUGAUUACAUCCCGGGAAGACUGGGCUUUGCGCCAAACAGAGAGUUAUUGAGGGAGAAAUCAUUGGAAACUUUUGGUCCGCAAAGAGUGUCUUCGUAUCGCCACUCGUGUGGAGAAAAUCUCGAAACUAAGAACAAUACAACCGAAACACCGAUAUAUGAGAGGUUCAUGAAUGAGAAGAUUCCCGGAUUCUUCUUCACCGGCUUCUUAAUCAUUAUCGAGAUUCCCAAAGACAUGAAUGGCUUCGUAAAGUCAAUCACUCUCUCGCGGGCGGAUGUUAUAGUCAACGGCGCGAUCGCAAUGUCCGACUCC